GGAAACCGUUGGCAGAAACUAGCUGGACUGGAAGCGCAAGCUUUGCAAGGUUAGGUACGGCCAAUAAUGUAGGGCCCCGGCAAAACCCUAACUAAAUUUGGCGCUAAGAGCUCAUUCCUCACCCAACGGCCACGAUUCAACGACACUGUUACUUCCUAAUUCUGAUCUGCUCAUUGAAGGUGAGAUUUGUCAAUGCUAAUUCUCGACAAAUAUACCAAAAUUGAAAACGCCAACAGCUAAUCUCUCCACUCUCAUGUAUAUAUAAGCAAGAUCAGAUCAUCAGCCGGGAUGCACACACAUUGGCUUUCUUCAUUUUUCUUUGAAGGUUGAUAUCAACUUCUACGAGCACCAAAAGGUUUUGAUUGUCGUUCUCCAAUUGUUGUUUUCUUUGCUUUCUGUUUUGUUUGAUUUGGAUGAAUCAAAUGAUUCCGUAAUCCCCACUUUGAUGUUCUUUGAUUCUUUUACAUCUGAUUGCCUCUUUUAUUACAAAGAACAAUUAGCUAGCUAUUGAGGGUUCUUGGGAAUUCAAGAAAUUCUCGCAGAUUAGUCAAUGGAAAAAGGGGAAGAAUCAGAGGUGUUUGAUAAGAUGCUUUAUUAGUGUAUAAGGUUUCACUGGAUUAGCACCUCAGUGAAGGUUUUGCCAGAUUGAUCCUUUUAGGGACUGCGUUUUGUGUUCUGUUCACCUUUUUAUUUUGAUAAUGAUGCAUGAAACGCGAUUCAUCUUCUGAGUUGUAAUUUUAUCCCAUAUGGGUAUCUUGGUGGCAGAACAUGGCAGAAUUACGGGAGAAGUUUGUCGCUGCAUUCAGAGAUGUUCACAAUAAAAGGAUACAGUAUUACUUAGAUGAAGGUAGUCAAGUUGUCCCAGCCAAACUUAAUGAGUUAGAAUGGAAGGACUAUUGUUCUGAUGUUUACAGGUGAUAUUGGAGGCCCUUCCAAAUUACUAGUACCAUACGAUGAAAUAUCCGUCUUCUGUAAUCCUCACAAUAUAUGGACUUCACUCUGUGAGACAAGUUGGAGGUCUUAAGGUUUGGCAAACCCUAUUCCACAAGGUGCGAACAUAUAUGACAUUUAUCAUUUCAAAGGCCCAUCAAAAGGACGGACAGCCCAAAAGCAAGUCGUUGAAGAGUAUAAUACACAAGGAUGCUGAUUUUGAUUAUUGUUUUUACCUAAAGCCAACCAAGAAAGAUUAUUAGCGCAAAUCAAGGCUAAUUGUGAAUUGUAAAAGAAGAAGGCAUUGAAUACAGUCUUUAUUGACACAAACUUCAUAUCGAGGUUCAGUUGAUGGAGAAAUCCCCAUAGCACUAAUGCAGGCUGCAGCACGUCUGGAGGUUCAGUUGGUAGCAGAAGUUCAAACAGUGACGCUAUCUCCAUUAGCUCAUCACCAGAAUUUGAGGAUACUCAAGUUCCUGCAGGCAAAUACAAGACCCUCAAGGACACAUGCUGCACAAUCAUGGACGCAACACCAUGGAUCACUCAAUAGAAACAGUCCUGCUCUACAGCCCCUAUCUUCUGUCGGUUUUGGUGGUCCAAUGGAGGUGGCGCCUUGUAACCCUAAGAGGUCUACUAGUCCUUUGGAUUUUAAGGGCAGGACAUCAACAGAAUUAAUCAAGGUAGUCAAUCGGAUUUGGAGUCUUGAAGAACAGCAAGCAUGCAAUUUGUCAUUGUUAAAAUCUUUAAAAACGGAACUAGAUCAUUCUGGAUCACAAAUAAAGGAGUUGCUAAAAGAGAAACAAGCUAACAAGCGAGAAAUGGAUGACUUAAUGAAGCAAGUUGCAGAGGAUAAAGUUGUUAGGAAGAAUGAAGAGCAUGAUCGAAUCAAAGCUGUCAUUCAGCCAGCACAAGAAGAGCUAGAAGAUGAGAGGAAGUUAAGAAAACACUCAGAGAGCUUGCACCGCAAACUGGCUCGGGAGUUUUCUGAAGUGAAAUCUGCUUUCUCUAAUGCUCUAAAAGAACUAGAGAGAGAAAGGAAAGCACGGGUUUUAUUGGAGAAUUUAUGUGAUGAAUUUGCUAAGGGAAUAAGAGGUUAUGAACAAGAGGUGAGGUCCCUAAGAAGCAAACCUGAUAGGAAUCAUGUUAAUACUGACCGCUUGGUUCUCCAUAUCUCAGAAGCGUGGCUUGAUGAGCGGAUGCAAAUUAAGAUAGCAGAAGCUCGAAAUGAUCUUGCAGAAAAGAAUACAAUUGUUGACAAGUUAGGUCUAGACAUAGAAAUCUUUCUCCAAGCUAGACACUCCAAUGAAUUGAAGAAAGGUGGUAAUUUUGUUGACGAGGCAAUAAACAAUGCUGCACGGCGGGAGUCCUUUCCGCUGAAUGAGGCUGUAAGUGCACCUAGAGAUGCUGCUGAUGAAGAAGAUUCUAUUGAUAGCAAUUCACAUUGCAUUGAAGUAAACAGGAGAACAGGUAAAGAACAACACACAGGGAGCUCCAGGAGACGAGUUAAUAGUUCAUCAGAAAUCCGUUUUGAGGAAAUAGUGAAUUUGGACGCGACGAAGAGACUGGCUGGGUCAAGGGAAAAUAGCAAGGGCCGUGUUUUGCAUGCGCGAUUAAAGUCGAAUGAUGUGGCGGAUACCUUGGUUCGAAAUCAUUCAUUGUCAUCUGAAGGUGAUAAAAUUCAUCCUGAAGGUGAUCUGAAAGAAGAUGCUUGUGGUGAGGCAGUAUUUGCAGGGCAUGCAAGUCCAGUGCAACAGUGGAAGUCUAAAUUGGAAUCUCCUGAAUUUGACAAAUCUGAGUCUUCUUUGCUGUUACCAAGAGGCAUAAAAGAAAACACUUUGAAGGCAAAGUUACUUGAAGCAAGAUUGGAGAGCCAGAAAUCUCGGUCGAGAAUGUCUAAAGCUUCCUUGUAGGACAAGGGAGAGGUAAAAUAUGCCUGAACAACAGGGCUUAGCUGACACAUUGUGUUUGCAAUAUGCUUGUAAUUUCUACACUGUUAAAUUCUGCACUAAUGAAUUUUGAGAUCACCUUUUCUGAUGGAAAAUGUGUUGAAGAUUAGGUGGUGACAUGACAUGGAUGAGCUACAAUGUACCAGGUUAUGACAUGAGUUGUCUGGGAUUUAGAAUUCCGAACUGAAUUUGUAGGAUUUCAAGGCGGAAUUUAAAUUGGUUUAGGUUGUGUAAACUGAAUAGCUAGUUUUUGAAUUGUAUUUUUAUCUAGUCCAUAACACUUAGGACCAGGGUUGAUACAUAUUGUGCUCGGUGCCUAAGACUUGUGGAAGAGAAUAAUUCGGGCUGGGUAUGAGUUGGAAAAGAAGCCGUUGAAGGACGUCCUUUUCAGGCAUGUAACUGUAGAAAAUAUCAUAUUUUAAAAUAAACAAAUAAUAUAUUAAUUAAAAUUAUAAUAAAUUUUAUAUUUAAAUUAAAAAUUCA